UUUUCUAUGAAUCGGUGCGAGGCCGUGUCUGAUGUUAUCAUCAGCGCGGCGCCUGUGCUGAGUAACGCCCGCCCCAGUCUGGUGGCGCACUUCUCAACCUUGGAAACGCAUGUUGUAGGUGGACGGGGCUGAAGGUGAAGAGUUAAAAGUUUCUCAUAAGAAUAAGAUCGAAACCUUUUGUUUUCAGUCAAAGAGAAGAAGCGAGACGGAACCAUGUCGGAGGAAUUUCAGUCUCCCUCCGUCUCGUCCUCCGUGCGUCUAGACGACAUUUUAGGAGACUCCACACGUGAAGGUGCGGAGAAGGCCCCCGACGACUUGCAACCUCUCAAACCCGGGGCCGGCGACGCGCCCGUGGUCCCCCCCGUUGUCCCUACGGCACCGCCGGUCCCGGCGCCUCGGACCUUUGAGUCUGCAGAAAGCAACGAUGUCGCCGGCGGUACAUCGCAAGAUGACUUGCCCCCGCCUCUACCCGCCAGAAGCCGGCCCGAACCGGACUCCACCUCGCAGACUGGUGCAGCCACCGAGCUGGCAAAGACGCGCCCGGAGUCAGUGGGUUGCACUUUCUUGGAGCAGAAACUAGACCAAAAAGACGAAUCCUUUUUUUCUCCUUCUGUUGCACCUGAAUAUGUGAUGCAGUCUGCAGACUUUUCUGUCAACUUGAAAGAUCAGCCAUCUAGCGGUGAACCUGUGGGCCCACAGGAUGCUGCACCUGUGCAUGUUGAACCUGUUCCUGUCUUCUCUAUGUCCUCCUUUACUUCUGAUUCUAUAACUGAAUUAACAAUGUCCGCAAAAGCAGUCUACGCUGAUGAUCUUAUGCAGACUGAAGUUCCUGUAAAUACAAUUUUACCUUCAAUUUCUGAUUUUGUGGAAAAUACAGUGGAUAAACAAGUAGCAGACCAUUUAGAAAAGGUUCAUGCUCAUGUUGAAAAGGCACAAGUAGAGCCAGCAAUAAGAAAAUCAUCAGAGUUAGACACAUUAAUUUCUGUUGACGAAUACUCAUUUCAGUGUGUAGAGUCAAAUAAAAGUGAACUUAAAGGGACUACAUCAUCUCUGACGGAAGAAACCAUGCCAGAUCAAGACGCAGCAGAUAAGGAAGGACUUGUGAAGGACGCAAGCAUAGACAAAGUUCACUUAUCAAAUGAAAGGGAAGUUGAGUUGGGACCUCGUUUAGGCUUAACAAAUGAGUACGUUGCUGAGUCAAAAAUGGAUGCAUCACCCUUAAACAGACUUGUUCAGGAAAAUGAAUCCAUGCAGGAUGUGUUGAAUUUUGAGGAACAAACAAUAAAAUUAACAGAUGGUGGUCUCAACUUUUGUUAUGGCGACACUUUAGAAAUAAAAGAAAGAAAUGAACUUAAUUCUGGUACAACUACCAAUCAGGUAGCUGUUACUGAUAAUGCCAAUAAAGUAAUGAAGUCAGAGAGUGUUGUGUAUCAAGGCCAAGAGGUUUUGAAGAUGCCACAAGAUACUGAAAAGCAAAUUAUGGCUGAGGGAAAUGGGAAACUAGAUCAUGCAGAUGUGGAAGCCUUCAUGAAACAAUCAUCAGAUAUGGAAGCCAUUGUCGAACAAGGUGGAAAGCAGUCUCCAACUGAAGCAUAUUUUGCUUUUUCACAGGUUCCCACAAGUGAGCCUCAAACGUGUAUGACUUAUGCAACGUUUGAUUCAUCCAGUAUGUUAGUGUCUCUACAGUCUGACCACUUCAGUAAUGAAAUGAUUUCUGCAUACGAUGCAGCUGAAGGAGGAAAAACUGAAUUGAAAGGAACUUCAAAAUUGCCAUUACCUUUGACUGUCCUUGAGUCAGAAGUGACCAAAAAGGUCGAAGAUGAAGAAGCAAAACCUGUUCCACUGAUAGAAUCUUGUUUGUUUCCAGAAUCUAAAGUAGAUGCAACAUCUGCUUCUGAAAAUAAUUUGCAGCUAUUUGGUGACAUUGCAGUUGUACCAGACCAGCUUAUAACAGCUAACAUUUUGGCUGAAGGCAUGACCUCAAAACAAACUGCUCAAAAUGUUGCUGUAGACCAAUCACAAAGAAUCUCUCAAAUUGAGCCAUGUGAGGUGGCAGUAGGUGUUGAAACAGCUGAAGAUUCCUUUGGCAUAGAAAUGAGGAAAUCUACACCUGAGCUACUCAAUCCUUCUGAACCACUAUUGUCCACCUUAGAACAGUCUGCUCUGGACACAUCUGAGGAAGAACAAGGUUUAACUGAUGUGACUGUGAAGGCACCUAGUCGCACAGAUACAGAAGGUCUUGAAACUAUCACGGAGCCUAGGUAUGCCAAAGUACAGUCAAUUGCUCAGAAUGAGAGUAAAGAGCAAGCUGUGCAUGCUUCUAUACAUAGUGCUGCCAAUGGCACUCUAGAGGUAACAAAAAUACAGUGUUUGUUUGUGGAACAGAAGACUCUGCCAAAUAAAGUUAAUGAAGAUCCUAUAGUCAGUUCAGAGCAAAUUCCAAGUUUUCAAGAAUCAAAUUUAACAGCAAGCAUAUUGGUUGGUUCCAGUAACAAGCCAGUAAUUAAAGAUGAGGAUCUCUAUAAACAGUCUGGAUACAAAGAAUCUGAUGGAUCUCGAAAUGUAAAUCAAUUAGUUGAUGAAUCCAGUAAACAAGAGUUAAUGUCAAAUGAGAUUGUGGAAGAGAAAUACCAUCCUACUUCACUUAUUCCAAAACAAGAAGCAUCAACUGACACUUCUGUAAUGGUGAAAAGCUGGGAUAUGGCUUUGUGCAAUGAAAUUAUCAGUAGUAAAUCUGAGCCAAUAGUGGGAGCUCUGGGAGAUGCAACAGUUGGAAUGAAACCUUCUGAAAAGAUUUUGACUGAUUACAGACAUGUUGAUCAAUGUUCACUCAGAAUGUCAUCACUCCAAGAUCACAUUGAAGCUCCCUUGCUGAUCAAAAAUGUAACUGAAGAUGAUCUGGCUGGCCCAGUAAAGGUUACAGACAAAACCACGGUAGAAGUUAUGUUAAGCUAUCAGGAAGCUUCUGGAGAAUUGCUGCCCAGUUCAAGCAUGAGUGAAAAGUGUGCUGUCGAUGAAUCUCUUCAUUCUUUGAUUGACAAUAUUGGUACAUCAACUCCACUGUCAGUGUUAAGUGAGGAUCUUUCUACUGUGGAUAGAGGACUUCCUUUACAAACUUCUGCUGAAGAGACUUGUUUGAAUAUUUCCCAGCCAGUUACUUCGCCUGUCACUCCUUCACAAGAUAAAUUUCCAGAACAUUGGGAAAAUCUUAGUGAAGUGAGAAGUAAAUCUGAUGGCCAUUCAGAAAUAUUGGAGCAUACACAGGUACAGAUCGUACCUCCAGUAUUGCAAACUGGAGCUUCAUUUCCCUUGAAUGAGGAAGUAACAAAGGCUUCGAAGGAGGUGGUCACAAAGAUUUUAGAAACCAGUGUCGCACUAGCUGAAGUGUUGGGAGAGAAGGAAGGAACAAGAGCAACAUGUAUGUCUCAGCAGGAAGCAGAUAUCACCUCUAAUGUCGGAGAGGAUGACGUGAGGAAGAAAAAUAUUCCUGUUGAAUCUCUGGUACCAGAAUUGACAGUUGCUGAAAGUACUGAAACAUCUAAAGAUUCUACUGUUGCUGUUAUUGCAGAUACUCCAGUAAAGCUGGACAAAAAUUCAGUUGUGGACUUAAUCUAUUGGCGUGAUAUUAAGAAGACUGGACUAGUGUUUGGUGCGAGCCUGUUCUUAUUGCUGUCAAUGACAAUUUUCAGCAUUGUCAGUGUAAUUGCGUACCUUGGCCUGGCAGUGCUUUCAGUUACUAUUAGUUUCAGGAUAUACAGAGGUAUUCUGCAGGCAGUGCAGAAGUCUGAUGAUGGACACCCUUUCAAGACCUACUUGGAGAAAGAUGUUGCUGUUUCUGAUGAACUGGUACACAAGUAUAGUGAUAUUGGACUAGGCCACAUCAACCAUGUGAUUACUGAAUUAAGACGGCUGUUUCUUGUUCAAGACUUGGUGGAUUCUCUGAAGUUUACAGUGCUGAUGUGGCUGCUUACGUAUGUUGGUGCCUUGUUUAAUGGGUUGACUCUGCUGAUAAUAGCUCUGGUAGCAGUUUUCAGCAUUCCGGUUGUUUAUGAAAGGCACCAGGCUCAAAUUGAUCAUUACAUAGGGAUAGUAAGCAAACAAAUUAAAGAUGUCACUGCUAAGAUUCAAGCUAAAGUUCCUGGACUGAAGAAGAAAACUGAGUAGUAUCCUGUACUGUGUUUCAUGGCAUGUUGUCUGCAGGGAGGGUUGGGAAGAACAAAAUAGCCUUGGAACUGCAGUGCAAUUUGCAAAUCUACAUUUGGUAGUAACUGAAACUGUGUUUAACUGCAGUCAUGAUCUAUUAUAUCACACAUACUAACGUAAGAAAUUUGAAUUCAGUUUAUUUAUCUGAUUUGGUACAGAGAACACUGGUUUGUAUUAAAGAUUUGAGAAGCUGUACAUUGCACUUGUCAGGGUUAGUGUCUUAUGUGUAACAAAUCAUGGUGCAGUAGGAGUUUUGAGUAUUCCCACCCUCCACCCUACCCCCAGUUUGCACACUGUAGAAUCUAUGCUGUGAGGUUGUUGCAAAUUUCUAACCCCUGAUGAUAUUUACUGUACCAUUUUAGUGAUGUUUGAGGUCUUGCUUUUUCUGACUGAAACCCUUCGCUGUAUUAAGAUUUUAUUGUUUUAACAAUUACCCAGUUAGUGUUUCACAAAGCUAAAGAGUUGAUUUCAUCAGCUCCACAGUGCUUGAUGUUUCAGAGUUAUCUGCAUUUUAAAUAUGAAUCCAGUGCUGAAACAUGCAGAAUAUUACAUUAAUCGCAACAUUAAUGUACAACUCAUCUAUAGCAACAAUGGUAUGAACAAUAGCAAAAGUUUAGCUGUACUGCUGAUUAUUUGUGGACUGUAUUCAAUGCUACAAAUGUAACUUGGAAAUUUCAAGCAUUGUCUGAUGCACAAGUGAGGCAAUGAACAUUGCAUUGUAAAUUGGCUCAGGCUUUCACCUGGGGGAAUGCAGUGUGGAAUAAAAAUGAAUAAAGCUUACAAA